AUGGCGAGCAGAAGAGUUAUUUAUACUCUUCUAGAGCCUGUAACAAGGCCCUAUUUUGCUCCUUAUAGGCACAACUAUAAUCAAAGGCAGCAAGAGAAACGGCGACAGGCUCUACAGAGGAAAUGGAUCAGUACUGGAGUUAGUGAUGGUGUUGUCGAACUGACUGAAGAAGAGGCAGCAUUGGUUGCUAGUGGUCAUGCCACAAAUUCAGCAGGAUCCACUUCGGGAUCAGGGACCAGCACAGUAAUUGUUUCAUCAUCCUCUUCAAACCAGGCUGGAUCUAUUUCAAGUUCAGUUUCUGGUGAUAAUGAACAUAGUCUACUUCGUACGACUAGUGACGAUAUUCCAUGGUACCUAAGGAACACUGACACUAUCAAAGCAACCGAGUCUUUACAGUCAAGGGAGCCAUUACCUGACUUCCCAUUUGCAUCCCCACGGUCAUUGGAGAAUAUGGCCAAGUAUAUGAUUGAGGAUCUGGGAUUGGUUGAUUUGCAAAUUAUAGAUUUACGCCAUGUUCAACCCGCUUCUCCUUUUGGUCCCAAUGACAUAAUGCUAUUAUGUUCCGGAAAAGGAUCUCGUCACUUGACCAAGGCUAGUCAGAGCCUGAUUGGAUACGUGAAGCAGAAUUAUAAUCAGUUGGCUGAUACAGAGGGUAUCUUAAGUUCAAAUUUCUUAAGAGUGUAUAAUCGAAGACUCCGGAAAAGGGCCCAACGACAAGGUACUGCUAAUAGAGAGUUUAUGGCGGGAGGUGAUAGCACUGGAACUAUGGUGGAUAGAACUGGAUCAUGGGUUGUUCUGGAUACAAAGGUAGAUGGUAUUUAUAUUCAUAUAUUCACAGAGGAGCGACGAUCAGAGGUAGAUUUGGAGGGAUACUGGAGUCAAAAGUCAAAAGGAAUUUCCGAAUUGGUUGAUCUACCAAAAUCGAAGUUCGAGAAGAGAUUUGUUUUGCCGGGAUCAAGGAGAGGAUUUGCUACCUCGAUAGUAGCGUCAAAUGUUAAAGCAACUCUUGCUGAAACCGUUGGUUCAUCUUCGACUGCUUCAGUGGCUCCUACUGUCAAAGCUGCAGUGGCAGAUGCACAUAUCAACAAUACUCCCACCGCUCACACCUCAAAACUAUCAGUUGAUUCUACUGACUCUGCAGUUGUAGAAGAGCCAGUACCAUCUGAGUCUCAAAAUUACUUGGACGAACUUCAAAAAUGGUCGCUUGCCGGUGACUACAAACGCUGUAUUCGACUAAAAUCAUUUGCACCAGAGUUGACAGCAGAAGAAAAUCAGAAAUCAGAUACACUCAUUCUCAAAGCACACUUGAACUACCUUGCAGUCAAUCAAAAGACUAUUAUUUUUUCUGAGAUCACACCCACCUGUGACAUUGUCAGUUCGUUUAUUAAUGCAUUUCCUACGGAACCAAUGCCAUUACAAUGGCGGUUACGACUCAUAUUCCUUCAGAAACUUCAUACAAUCAAUGAGCCAGCUUUUCCUCUAAAUUUGUUGGUUGAACACAUUACACUACAACAAGCCUCAGGAGUUCCUAUUGAACCUUGGGAUGUUGAAAUGGUGGUAGCCACUAUUGCAUACUCGCAUCAAUUUACAAAUAAAAAGGUAAAUAACCUUAGUGUGGCAGAAUGGGAGGCUGUAUGCGACAAUAAAUUACAGCUUAUUUUACAGGUUCACGAGGUUGCAUUCAGAUCUACGGGUGAGGUACUUUCAGUGAGUGAUUCUUUGGUAGCAUUAUUAUACCGACUUUGCUUUUCACUGAGUAAAGAGGGCAAAGCCAAGAGUAUUGUGCCAAGUGAGGCUUUGGCGGACCCUACACCUAGUACAGGCGUUCCAAACUCAUACAUAGCUGGAGUUACUGGAAAGAGAGCAUUUGUUGACCCACGGGCAACAACGAUGAUGGGUUUAUUUGGAGGAGAAGGUGGUGCUAAAAUGACUAAACCAAUUGUCAUUCUUAUCAUGUCAGUGCUCAUCAAUGGAGGAUCUUGGGACAAAUUCUGGUCUUUCUGGACGAAUAUCAACCGAUAUACGAUUGUCGACCAAGACCUUCUUGCAGUAAUGGUAUCAUUGGUAACUAAAACAGGCGACCAAGCUAAUAUGAUUCAUUUAUUAGAAAAGUAUCUCCCAACUUUAUUGACUGAUUUGGAGAGAACUGGGGUUUCUAUUCUUCCAGAAACCGCAGAAGCCUUGAAGGCGAGUGUGCAGUAUCUUGACCCAGCCAGAGCACGGUAUGAUUUCAUUCGAAACUUUUUAGGUUGUUAA